AUGCAGCCACACCAAGCCACCAUAGAAGACGCGGGCGAACUCGCAGACGACAUCGAGCUCCAAGCGGAGCAAAUUCGUCGCGAACGAAUGUCUAAGCGUGCGAAGGCGCAGCAGGAGGCUGAGCGGGCGCUGACCCGCUCGACGACGGUCCUGUCACGCGUGGAGGACAAGCCGUUGGUGGGCAACCUGAUCGGAGAAGACCACGUAAACUACGUGCUCAUGUAUAACAUGCUCACUGGGAUACGCAUAGCUGUCUCGCGAUGUCAAGCGAAGAUACGGAGGCCACUCUCGGCCGAAGACUAUACAGCGCGACACAAGUACUCGUUUGACAUCGUCGGCAACGAGCUUACGCCCUCGGCCAAAUACGACUUCAAGUUCAAGGAUUACGCGCCUUGGGUGUUCCGCGAGCUGCGGGAAGACUAUUUCCAUCUCGACCCCGCCGAUUACCUCCUGUCGCUGACCGCAAAGUAUAUCCUCUCCGAGCUCGGAUCGCCGGGCAAGUCCGGCUCGUUCUUCUACUUCUCACGCGACUACCGGUUCAUCAUCAAGACGAUCCACCACAACGAGCACAAGUUCCUGCGGCGGAUACUGCCGCAGUACUACGCGCACGUGAAGGACAACCCCCACACGCUCCUGUCGCGCUUCUACGGCCUGCACCGCGUGAAGCUCCCGCAUGGCCGCAAGAUCCAUUUUGUGAUCAUGAACAACCUGUUCCCCGCGCACAAGGACGUCCACGAGUCGUACGACCUCAAGGGCUCGACUGUUGGCCGUGAGUAUCCCGAGGAGAAGGCCGCGCAGAAUCCGCGCGCGGUCCUGAAGGACCUCAACUGGAUCAACCGCCGCAAAACGCUCGAGCUCGGUCCUGAGAAGCGCGCGCUGCUCACCGAGCAGCUCAGGCGCGAUUCGGAUCUCCUCAAGGAGCUCGGCGUCAUGGAUUACAGCUUGCUCGUCGGCAUCCAUAGCAUGCGACGCGGGAACCGCGACAACGUGCGGAGGAACACGCUCCGCGUGUUUUCGCCCGACAUGCCGGUCAUCAACCGCAAGAAGACGAUUGGCAAGGGCCCGCAGUCGCCCGAGGCGAUCGCGAUGCGGCGUAUCAUGCGCGAGGCCGACCCACAACGCCUCGGGACGAUCACGCUCCCCGAGGAGGACACCGGCGAGCGCCAGCACUUCCUGUUCUACCAGGACGAGGGCGGGCUGCGCGCGACGGACGAGGCGAACGAGAACAUGGACACGAUAUACUACCUCGGCGUCAUCGACAUCCUCACGCCGUACAACACCUUCAAGAAGCUCGAGCACUUCUGGAAGGGGCUCAGCGCGGAUAGGCAUAAAAUCAGUCCCGUGCCUCCCGCGGAGUACUCCAGUCGCUUCUUCUCGUUCAUGAAGGCCAUCAUGCGAGGCGGCGGAGGCGGCGAGCGGUUCGUCUCCGACUCGUAA